GGAGGAGGGUAUGGGUUCAGACAGAGGGAGCGUGUGCUCAUCAGAGUGAUCACACAACCAGUUAGCCUUCAGGAGGUGGCAACCCAACCUCAGUGGACAUGCUGACACCAUUAACCUGCCUCUGUGGCUGAGGCUACCUGUUAUAGCUUUGCUGAUGAGCUGGGAUUGGCAGCAUGUGUGACAACUUGACAACCUGAUAUCUUCUCCCUUUGUAUUUGGUUUUAUGGUGCUGCAAGGCUGAGUGUCUGAUCUCGUGGCACAGCUGUCGGGCUGUGGAUUGUGCAUGCUGGUUUGAAUUCUUCUGUCUUCUUUCCUAUGGGUGCAUUUGACCAUCAGCUCAUAGAUAAUGUGUAUAGUAAAGAUGGAUCAUUUCCCCUCAACUACUAAAGCUACUUUUUUUUAGUUAAUGCUUAUUCUAUUAAGGCAGUCAAUCCCAUUUCGACCCAUAGAAUGACUCGAUGGCCAAUAGUAGACUCUAGCUGUGAGGGUCAGCUUUUGGUGUAAAUUGAUGCAGUGCAAUGUCAGGCAGACUGGUAGGAAUGACAUUGGUCUGUUUUAACCUUCACUGCUCCUUCCUCCAAUCAGUUUAUCAGGAAAAGAAACGUGCCCCUGAGAGAUAAGAGAUACCAGAGAAACACUAGCCUACGUAUAGUUUGUGAUAUGAGUGUAUUUCUAAGUAUGUGUGUGUGUUGUGUGUGACAUGGCUAGGGGUGACAUUGUUGCUACCUGAGGUACAAUUUUACGCACAUCGUCAUAUUGAAGUGCAUGUUUAAACAUACGUGUGUGCGUGUAUGUGUCCAGAGGUUUUUGUGCGCAUGUGUGAUUAAAAAAGGGGAGUUUCAGGUAUAUAAGGCUUUUCCAGAAAAUUAGUUCUGUUUCUAACCAUUGUGUGUGUGUGCGUGUGUGUGUGAGAGAGAGAGAGAGAGAGAGAGAGAGAGAGAGAAAGAGAGAGAGGGAGAAUUAGGGUGUAUGUUUGGGACUGGACCCUAACUGUGAGCCAAAAUUUCGGGGGCGAAGAAAGAUCGAGUGGUCUGGACCUCCAUUGAUUUAGGAGAGCAGUCCCCUAUCACACCAGCAACCAUGAGUAAAACGGACACUUACAAUAUGUUCGAGAUGGAUGGAGAGAUGGACAAGAAGAAGAACAAAAAGAUGAAGAAAAAGGAGAAACUGGAGGGCAUGAAGAAAGAAAUGGAUAUAGACGACCAUGAGAUUACAAUUGAAGAGCUGGAAAUGAGAUACAACACCAGUGUUACCAAGGGUUUGACCACCACCUUUGCCCAGCAGAUCUUGGAGAGAGAUGGUCCUAAUGAACUGAAGCCCCCUAAAGGCACUCCAGAGUAUGUGAAGUUUGCCAGGCAGCUGGCUGGAGGGCUGCAGUGUCUGAUGUGGGUCGCAGCUGUCAUCUGCUUCAUCGCCUUUGGAAUUGAACUUGGGAGAGGCAACCUCACCAGCUUUGACGACCUUUACUUGGCCAUCACCCUGAUUGCUGUCGUUGUGGUAACUGGGUGCUUUGGUUACUACCAAGAAUUCAAGAGUACCAACAUCAUUGCCAGCUUCAAGAAUCUGGUGCCACAGCAAGCCAUUGUGAUCCGUGAUGGCAAGAAAAACCAGAUCAACGCGAACCAGCUGGUGGUGGGGGAUUUGGUGGAGAUCAAAGGAGGAGACAGAGUCCCUGCUGACAUUCGCAUCAUCACUAGUCAGGGCUGCAAGGUGGACAACUCAUCCUUGACAGGCGAGUCUGAACCACAAACCAGAAAUCAAGAAUGUACUCAUGAGAAUCCACUGGAGACCAGAAACAUUGCUUUCUUCUCCACCACCUGUCUGGAAGGCGUAGCCACUGGUGUGAUCAUUAACACAGGUGACCGUACCAUCAUUGGUCGGAUCGCCAGUUUGGCAAGCGGCGUUGGCAACGAGAAGACACCCAUUGCCAUAGAAAUCGAGCAUUUUGUGGAUAUCAUUGCUGGUCUUGCAAUCUUUUUUGGGUUUACCUUCUUUGUGGUUGCCAUGUUCAUCGGAUAUGCCUUCCUGGAAGCCAUGAUCUUCUUUAUGGCUAUUGUGGUGGCUUAUGUGCCAGAGGGGCUACUUGCUACAGUUACUGUAUGCCUAUCUUUGACUGCUAAACGACUUGCCAGGAAGAACUGUGUUGUGAAGAACCUGGAGGCUGUGGAGACAUUAGGUUCCACUUCAGUGAUCUGUUCUGAUAAGACGGGUACGCUGACUCAGAACAGGAUGACUGUAGCUCACCUUUGGUUCGACAAUCAUAUCCAUGCUGCUGAUACCACUGAAGAUCAGUCAGGCCAGAGUUUUGACCAGUCAUCAGAGACAUGGCGUUCGCUGGCGCGCGUGGCUUCCCUUUGUAACAGAGCUACAUUCAAACCUGAUCAAGAAGGAGUACCUAUUCCUAAGAGGCUUGUGGUGGGAGAUGCGUCAGAAACAGCUCUGCUGAAGUUCACCGAGCUCACCGUAGGGAACAUCAUGGACUACCGUAAUCGCUUCAAGAAAGUGGUGGAAGUCCCCUUUAACUCCACCAACAAGUUCCAGCUGUCUAUUCAUGAACUGGAGGAUCCACUGGAUCUGCGCUACCUGUUGGUGAUGAAGGGAGCACCAGAACGUAUCUUGGAGCGCUGUUCCACUAUUUUGAUAAAAGGCCAGGAGCUGCCUCUGGAUGAGCAGUGGAAAGAAGCUUUUCAGACCGCUUACAUGGACCUGGGAGGACUGGGAGAGAGAGUGCUGGGUUUCUGUCAUCUCUAUCUCAAUGAGAAGGACUUUCCUCGUGGCUUUCGAUUUGACCCGGAUGAGAUUAAUUUCACCACAUCAGGAUUGUGCUUUGCUGGUCUCAUCUCAAUGAUUGACCCCCCAAGAGCCACUGUACCCGAUGCAGUGAUGAAAUGUCGUACUGCUGGCAUCAGGGUUGUCAUGGUGACUGGAGACCAUCCAAUUACAGCAAGGGCAAUAGCAGCUAAUGUAGGUAUCAUCUCAGAGGGCAGUGAAACAGUGGAAGAUAUUGCCCAGAGGAAGCGCAUACCUGUAGAACAAGUCAACAAGAGGGACGCCCGUGCUUGUGUGAUCAGCGGAGGUCAGCUGAAAGACAUGAGCAGUGACGAUUUAGAUGAGGCACUACGGAACCAUCCUGAGAUGGUGUUUGCAAGAACAUCCCCCCAGCAGAAACUUAUUAUUGUGGAGAGUUGUCAACGUUUGGGCUCCAUCGUCGCGGUAACAGGUGACGGUGUGAACGACUCACCGGCUCUUAAGAGGGCUGAUAUUGGCGUUGCCAUGGGGAUCGCUGGUUCAGAUGCUGCCAAGAACGCUGCAGACAUGAUCCUGUUGGACGACAACUUUGCCUCUAUUGUCACUGGAGUGGAGCAGGGUCGUCUUAUCUUUGACAACCUGAAGAAGUCUAUUGCCUACACACUGACCAAAAACAUUCCUGAACUGACUCCAUAUCUGAUCUACAUCACCGUCAGCGUGCCUCUUCCUCUGGGCUGCAUCACUAUUCUCUUCAUCGAACUGGCCACUGACAUUUUUCCCUCUGUCUCUCUGGCUUAUGAGAAAGCAGAGAGUGACAUCAUGCACCUGAAGCCCAGGAAUCCUCGUCGUGAUCGUCUGGUAAACGAAGCCCUUGCUGUGUACUCGUACUUCCAGAUAGGAGCCAUCCAGUCUUUUGCAGGUUUUACAGAUUAUUUCGCAACCAUGGCCCAGGAAGGCUGGUAUCCACUCUUGUGUGUUGGCCUGCGUUCUCAGUGGGAGGAUGUUCACCUUCAAGACUUACAGGACAGCUAUGGGCAAGAAUGGACAUUCAGUCAGAGGUUGUACCAGGAGUAUACGUGCUACACUGUAUUUUUUGUCAGUAUAGAAAUCUGUCAGAUUUCUGAUGUGCUGAUCAGGAAAACUCGACGUCUGUCUGUGUUCCAGCAAGGCUUCUUCAGGAACCGUGUCCUGGUUAGUGCCAUAGUCUUCCAGCUCUGCCUCGGUAAUCUGCUUUGUUACUGCCCCGGAAUGCCCAAUAUCUUCAAUUUUAUGCCAAUCAGGGUCCAGUGGUGGUUUGUUCCUCUUCCAUAUGCUGUUUUAAUCUUUGUCUACGACGAGAUCAGGAAAUUAGGAGUCAGAAGGCAUCCAGGAAGUUGGUGGGAUCAGGAGUUAUACUACUGAGACCAGAGAAGCUCUUUCAUUCACCCAUCCAUCCAUAUGCAUGAAAGCUUACUUUGUGAUCUAUGUAUUUAUAGCUUAUCCUGUCUUUUAAUGUUAUUAUAUUGAUAUUCAAGGGUCUGCCUAAAUCCUUUUAACAAAGUAUAAAGGUAAUCAUUACUGAAAGUCAUUGUUGAGUAAUUCACACAGAGUUGCUGUGUUCAAGCUCUUUGACUGUGGCUGCAUUCUACUGUAUUUACUAAUAAAAAAUUUUAAGACCGA